AUGGCCACGCCUUCUUCCGUAAUUCCCAAUAGCGGACGUGCCUUAGCGCCCGAGGAAGCAAAGCGAGAGGAUGCUCCAAAACCUCGGAAAGAGUUCGAUGAUCUCAUCUCAACCCUGCCUCUAAAUCAAGACUGGAUACCCAUCCGCCUCCGAAAAUACCAAGACUUCUGGAUCCCCGAGCACUCUCUUCCAGAAGUCAUGGCCAUGCAGCAAAACUUCCACGCUCGCCUCGACGACCUCUUUGUGCUGAGCUACCCCAAGUCCGGCACCACCUGGCUCAAAGCGCUAGCCUUUGCCAUCAUGACCCGAACCCGCUACUCCAUGGCCGACCACCCUCUCCUCCGCUCCACCCCCCACGACUUCGUGGUCUGCAUCGAUAGAUUCUUCUCCGGCGGCAGGCCGUCCAAAUUAGAGGCCAUGCCUUCCCCUAGGAUGCUCAGCAGCCACUUGCCAUACCCUCUGCUACCGGAUUCCAUGAAAGGAGCCGGCGGCCGAUUCUUGUACGUUUGCCGGGAACCCAAGGACGUGUUCGUCUCCCGGUGGCACUUCAACGACAAGAUGAGGCCCGACUCCGUGGAGCCGAUUCCAUUCGGCAAAGCUUUCGACUUGUAUUGCGAUGGCGUCAGCCCCUACGGAUCGAUAUGGGAGCACGCUCGCGGUUACUGGGGGGAGAGCUUGAGGAGGCCUGAGAAGGUGUUUUGCCUCAAGUACGAGGAGAUGCUGGAGGAGCCGGCGGGGAGUGCGAAGAAGUUGGCGGACUUCAUGGGGUGCCCUUUCUCGCCGGAGGAAGAGAAGGAAGGGGUGGUCGAGGAGAUUACAAGGCUUUGUAGUUUUGAUAGUCUGAGCAAACUGGCCGGGAGCAUGCCGCGCAAGCUCAACACGAAGCUGCCGCUGCAGACUACUUCAUUCUUUAGGAAAGGAGAGGCAGGGGACUGGAGGAACCACAUGAGCGAGGAGAUGGCUCGGAGGAUGGACGCGGUAACCUCGCAGAAGCUGGAGGGAUCUGGUCUGACCUUCGGGAUUAGCGCGGGCGUGGAAGCUAAUGGAAUGUGA